AUGGACGACCACACUACGACGUACCCUUCCUCCCCGGUCCGCCCAGAUCCUGACCCAAGAACAUCUUUGCAGCAUGUACUUGGACUCCCAGACUCUGAACGAAACACUCCAUCGGCACCGAAACUGAAUGAUAUAACGGAGGACGAUGAGGCUAGAACACCAGGAGGCAACGCUCCAGAAGGCCCACCAGGCACUGCACAGAGUACUUCGCGGAAGAAGAAAGAUGCCGCAUCUGGUGCUACACAGAAUUCCUCGAUAUACAGCGGCAAUAAGGUUCGUCAUCUUAAGAAAGAUGAUGGGGAACCUUUGUGGCGGACAGAUAUUCAGUACGACUUUCUCAAGCUCAUAUUUGAGAAUGACCAGAAAGUCUUUACAAAUAGCUACGAACCGGAGACCAUUGGCAUGCAAACCUUUGCCGAUAUCUACAUUGAUACGAUGGCGAGAAGUAGCAAAACGAGCAAGAUAUUAAGGGACAAGCUUUUGAGUGAGCAUGAGCCUGCGAAGAACAUGGCGAUGGUGUGCCUUCUGGUUAACUUGGGUCGCAUGAACACUACCUUGAACUUCUUCCCAGAGAUGCGAGCACAACUUCGAACCUACCAUGCGAUCCCGUCUUUGCAAGCACAUCAAGACCCGAAUUCUUACAAGCAACUUCAAGACGCGCCCCGACUUAAGUCAAUCCUUAAAGGAGCUUCCGAAGACCGACCCGAGCCAAACACGCUGGACAAGCUCAAGGCCCUCGACGUACCCCGGACGAACCCAGUAAAUCUGAUCUUCGUACUCGCUCAAUUCGCUCCAAAAGUUACCGAGUUGCACUUCCCUCCACCCCACGACUUUUAUGACUUAAUCAUGCGGACCAAUAUCUCAAGCGAAUCCAGAGCAAGGGCAUUUCUCUGGUUGAUGUGGUUCUAUCUAGAAUCUGACUUCACGGAGGAGGGAGCUGAGGAGAAUCCUUUUGGUCCUGGUGUUGAUUAUGAUGUUAAUGUCAGGAAUCAAGGGGUGCCGAGAUUUAAAUAUCUGAGCAAGGAAGAAGAAGCUUUAGAAAAUGUCGACCCACCGGAAGAAAAAGAAUAUGGCCUCGCCAAAAUGCGGGAGAGGAAGCGGAUUAUUGAAGCAGAUCAGGCGGCUUUUCAAACAGAAAAUGGCCCUCCCAAGCGGGGCCCGAAGCCAAAACUAUAUCUGCCUCCUGAUGAGAUGGGCCAUAGCAGCCCGGCUACCUUCAUGGGCCGAAUGCGACCAAAAUACGACGAUGCCGCUGGAAGUCCUGCUUCGAUGCUCGGCCGAAUCCGGCCCAAAUACGAAUCCGAUUUAGACAGCACCCGCUCUACGCCGCCGCCUCGAGCUUUGGGAGCUGGCAUGCGCGGUCACAGGGCUCUGAACUCGGCUAAAGGUCGGAACUCCAUGAAGAACCAAAUCGCAGAAGGUUCUUCCCCAAUAGCUCCUGGUGAACAACCUGCCAUGAGACGUCCGAGACCUCUCACAGCCCAUCAACUUGCUGUGGAGCGUAAUCGAAAUCAGCGCGUUGAUUAUAUCCUCGGACGCGGAUUGCGCAAGGUACAUCAUCACGCUAGAAAGAUACGAAAACAGGAGGGUGCAUUCUAUCGUGCCCUAAACAGAUCCAAACAUGUUGCAGAUGUUUUUGAAGACAGCGAGGGCGAGGAGAGCUUCAUGGCACCGCCAGGGAGCUUCAGGUCAAGAGGGUUUGUCGGCCUUGUCCAGCUGGAAACCGAGGAAGACGACUUCGGUGAGGAAAUGGCUGCAUACGCUGCCGCUUUCAGACGGAUGGGAAGGAGACUCGAUCGAUGGGAAAAAGGGAAAAAUAUUGGUGUUGUGGGCACCAAUCGUGUUGCACAACCUAAUCCUACACCAGCAAACGGUAACGAGAUGAACCGAGAUAACGACGACACGGAGGAUGAGAGACUCCCCAGUCCUGCAAAGAAACAGGACGCCAAUGGAGAUACUGUUAUGGAAGAGGUGGAACGUCUCGACCCCGUGAGCAAGGGGAUUCUGGGUAACGGCAGUGGGGAGGACGAUGAAGCAAAAACAGACGAAGACCUGGAUGAUGUUGAUAAGGAAUUAUUAGGGUUAGGAGGUGAUGAGACCGAGGAAGAGGGUAGUGACGGAGGGAUGGAUGUGGACAGUGCGGUGUAA